UCUGCAAACACUUUGUUGAGGGGUGUGUGUGUGUGUUGAGGGGGGGGAAUUCAGCUUUCACCGACCCCUGAGGGGACGGAUCCUUUGGGAUGCUCGGGAGAAACCUUCCAUGAGUGGGUGUUGCAAGAAGCCUGUCUUAGACACCUCCCCGGGGGAACAUCGACCCACAGACCUCAAGCUCGGGCCUAGAGAGACGGAGGAGGGGAAGGAGCCAUGUUCCAGGCCGCGGGAGCCGCCAGCCCACCCCCCACCCACGAGGCAAAGAGCAGCUCAGGAGGCAGCACAGUGCAGCGCUCCAAGUCGUUCAGCCUGAAGGCUCAGGUGAAGGAGAUGUGCUCUGCCUGCCAGAAAACCGUGUACCCCAUGGAGCGGCUGGUGGCCGACAAGUUCGUCUUCCACAACUCCUGCUUCUGCUGCAAGCACUGCCACGCCAAGCUCAGCCUGGGCAGCUACGCCGCGCUCCACGGCGAGUUCUACUGCAAGCCCCACUUCCAGCAGCUCUUCAAGAGUAAAGGCAACUACGACGAGGGCUUCGGGCGCAAGCAGCACAAGGAGCUGUGGGUGCACAAGGAGGUGGAGAGCGGAACAAAGACGGCGUGAGCGGGGCCAGCCCCGCCCCGCUGGAUUCCAGCAGAGCCCGAGCGCGCUGAGCCCGCACGAACUGAGCUGAUGGGAAGCAGGACCUGGG